AGAGUGGCUGCCGCCAUGAUAGAACAGCCGAAGCGCAAAGGCCCAGAGUUGCCGCUGGUUCCAGUCAAGCGGCAGCGCCAUGAGUUGCUGUUGGGAGCGGCAGGGUCGGGCCCCGGACCGGGGCAGCAGCAGGCGGCUCCGGGAGCUUUGCUGCAGGCGGGGCCUCCAAGGUGUUCUUCCCUUCAAGCUCCGAUCAUGCUUCUCUCAGGACAUGAAGGAGAAGUGUACUGCUGCAAGUUUCAUCCCAAUGGAUCGACCUUAGCAUCUGCAGGAUUUGACCGACUGAUAUUGCUGUGGAAUGUCUACGGUGACUGUGAUAACUAUGCCACAUUGAAAGGGCACAGUGGAGCAGUGAUGGAACUGCAUUACAACACAGAUGGCAGUAUGCUCUUCUCAGCGUCCACAGAUAAAACUGUGGCAGUGUGGGAUAGUGAGACUGGUGAGAGGGUUAAAAGACUGAAGGGACAUACUUCCUUUGUGAAUUCCUGUUAUCCAGCCAGGAGGGGUCCCCAGCUUGUCUGCACUGGCAGUGACGAUGGUACAGUUAAGCUUUGGGAUAUCCGGAAGAAAGCAGCCAUCCAGACAUUUCAGAACACUUACCAGGUGUUAGCUGUAACCUUCAACGACACAAGUGAUCAGAUUAUUUCUGGUGGAAUAGACAACGAUAUCAAGGUCUGGGACCUGCGCCAAAACAAGCUAACGUACACCAUGAGAGGCCAUGCAGAUUCAGUGACUGGCCUGAGUUUAAGUUCUGAAGGCUCUUACCUCUUGUCCAAUGCAAUGGACAAUACAGUUCGAGUCUGGGAUGUCCGCCCAUUUGCUCCCAAAGAGAGAUGUGUGAAGAUAUUUCAAGGAAAUGUGCACAACUUUGAAAAGAAUCUUCUGAGAUGUUCUUGGUCACCUGAUGGAAGCAAGAUAGCAGCUGGCUCAGCUGACAGGUUUGUGUACGUGUGGGACACUACAAGCAGGAGGAUUUUGUAUAAGCUGCCUGGCCACGCUGGCUCCAUCAAUGAAGUGGCUUUCCAUCCUGAUGAGCCCAUCAUUCUCUCAGCAUCCAGUGACAAGAGACUAUAUAUGGGGGAGAUUCAGUGACAAUAUGGAAGACUGCAAAACUUCUUGACCUUGAGACCUCAGACUAUAAGUGGCAUCAAGUGGCGGUGCCCAGGACGGCAUCCUCCUCCAAACGAAGAUCAUUACUAGCAAGAAACAGGAGGAGGUGGCCAUAUUCCAACAAACACAUGUACUCCAUUUCACCAGGAUGAUUAAGGCACGCUUCAGUGGCCUCUGAAAACCAUCUGCCAGAUUUCAGGGACUUGUUUGGGUUUUUUUGUUUGUUUGGUUUUUUUUUUUAAUAAGUUUUCUGCGAGGGAUAGACAUUAUAGUUUCCUGCUUUCUCUAAUCCAGGCUUGAAGGCAGGGAAUGUGACCGAAAUUUGUUGGGGUUUUUUUUUUUUUUUAAUUAAGUAACUAGCUUGUAUAUUUUCUUUCUGUGUUUCUCUCAGUCAUUUUAUAUUAAAAGCCAGAUAGAUGCCUUUUUCAAGAGCCUGUACAUUGGAUUUAUUGCUGUCCUUUCUUUUUAGGCUUAAGCACUGUAAACCUGAACAGUAUAUGAUGUGCCCAGGAGAUAAAUCCAUUUAGUCGUGGAAGCUCUGUACUGAGCUGUCUAGGCGUACUAGGUCUUCCCCGCUUUUGUGUUUAGAUUUAUUCCCAUGAAAAUGAAAACAGGUAAGAAUUUUCCAUGACAAAUCUUUUUCUGUUGGAAGGAAAAAGAUGACAUGUGAUGACGUGUCAAAGAAUCUGGUACAGUCUCCAGUGAGGAUCUGUGUCUACUCCUCCUUCUGCCAAAAGCUCAUUUCUAAAAGAAGUCUCUCUGCUCAGGGUCCCUAAAGUGAGCAGUUUUGGGGUAGUCUUUUCAUCAAAUAGAUACAAUGAUGUCUGAAAAGUCGCAUCAAGCUCAAAGGAAUUAGAGGAAGUUUUGGUGGAGCCAGGCUACGACAGUGCCUGAAACCUAGAAUGCUGCUUUGCUACUCUAUCUUCUCCUGAACUGAGAUGCAGUUAGUUGCCUUCCAUCCUCAAGACCGAUUCCCAUCUUCCUGGGUCACUGGGUGACUGUCGUUGACGGAAUCCAGCACCCAACCGGCGGUGAUGAAUUCCAUCUGACACUGGGGAACACAAGUGUUUCUUUUCUCUCCUGUCUCAACACGGAAAUCUUUACAUCGGUCUUCACGCUUCCAAACUUUCUGAACAUGUUUGAUUUUAUACUUUUCCCUCAUAAAGCUCAAUCAUUUAUCUUAAAUUACAAGAGAUUAGCUUUCAGUAAGCACUUAUUCAAGAAUAACUCAUUAAUGAAGGAGCCAGUAGGAUGGUAAAGUGGGCAAACCAAUUACUUUUAAUACUGUGAGUUAACUUUGAGUAAAUGCACUAAAAGCAGAAAGCAGUUUAGUGUGCCUGGGAGAGCUACAUACAUUUCAUAGAUUACGUGAUUCUGUUUAGAUUUAGAGAAUGAGUAGAGAUUUGCUAAGUAGACAACCAUAUACAUUCCAAGAAGUAACAGGCACAAGCUUGAAAGCCUGGUGUGUUUCCUGAACUGAAAACCAGCAUGGUUGGAAGUAGGGAGUGGCAGAGAGUAAAGUUACAGAAUUAAAGUAGGAGCCAAAUCCUGGAGGACUUGUACUUCUGUACUCAAUCACAUAGGUUAAGAUUUCCUAAACUGUGUUGCACAGAACACCGCUUUCCAAGUACGUUGGAUACAUUGAGGCCUGAAGAUCUCGUGCUGUAGUAAGUGUGUUAAAGAGGUCGUUAAAUAA